AUGAAAGGAAGUUUGUGGACCUUUGAAAAACAAUUCAUGAUUUUGCGAGAGUGGGAGGGAGGAAUCUGCCAUAACUUGGAAGCGUUAAGUUGUAUAUGUGGAUCCAUAUAUGAAAUGAUCCAGUUCAUUGGUUGUCAGUUAAAACAGAAACCAAGAUUGAGGGAGUCUUCAAUCGAGUUUAGGAUGCACACGACACCAGUUUAUCUAGAAGGAAAAACUCAUUGGGUGGAAUUUAAAUAUGAGAAUCUCAUGGGCUUCUGUUACCAUUGCGCAAAGUAUUGCACCUGGCAAGAAAAUGCACAAAAAGACAGGUGGACUUCGAAUGUAAUUCCCUGGAGGAGGGACAAUAUGAAGAUUAGCUAA